AUUGAUCUUGGGGCUGCUGUGGAGGUCUCCCUUCAACUCCAGUGGCCACGCGAACAAGGGGCCAGGGAACCUGUGCUGCGAUCUUCAUCUUCCUCAAUCACCCAUUGUUGAAUGGUACAAGAAAACACUUCUGAAGUGGUAAACUGUGGGAAAAAGCUUAUGCAAAGAAAAAAAAGUGUUGCGCGAAAUAGUUGAGUGAAAAGUGGAAGUGAUUUGAAACAUUUUUGUCGUGUUUUUUUUCUCUCCCUUUGCAGUUGUGUUAGCAGGUGGUGAUUAAUUGAGAGUUAAAAGUGAACGAAUUUAUUACGAGAAAAAAAAUCAAAAAGUGUCUUCAAUUUCAACUCGUCAGUGUUGAAGCUCCAGGAAAUUAUGAAAGUUUCGUCGUUUUCGUGUCUGCUGCUGGUCGCGACAUGUGCCUGCCUAGCCAGCGCUCUGCCCCCUCUGCAGCGAUUCUCGCGGGAUAACGAUGGCGAUGGGCCACACCUGGUGGGCCUUUCGACCAACGUCAUCACGGCCAGUCUGCUCAAGGGCAGCAUGGAGUCGGGCGCAAACCAGGUGUUUUCCCCGAUCGGCUUUUCCUCGAUCCUGGCCAUGAUCAGCGAGGGCGCCGAGGGCCAAACGCUGCAGGAGUUCUACGACGUGUUCAAGUUUCCCAACGAUAAGGUCGCCGUUCGGAACGCCUUCGACAAGUCCUUGAAGCGAUUGAACUCGCAGAACCCGUCCAACGAGCCGCAGUUCAAGAGUUGGUUCUACAUCUACAAGAACAACUCGGUCAAGCCGGGCUUCCGGGACGUGCUGCUGAACAAUUACUACGUGGACGUGCGUGAUAUCGAGCGUAACGAUUACAAUUUUGAUGAACCUAAGACGUCGCUCGGACCGAUCGAACCUUCGAUCGAUUUGACGCCGGAUCCGGCACCAACGGUUGUUAACACUCCGGCGGUGGUCGUUCCGUCCAACAACAACAGCAAGGACAUUAUCGAGUUUGAGGAUCUGAAGAUCAAGGCGUUGCCAGUGGAGGACAACGUUCGCGCGGAAGUCGCGAUCAACUCCAAGUACGACGAAGUUACCGAGGAUGAGAAUCCCAAGUUUGACAAAAACAUUGACGACAAGGAGUACGUGGAACCGAACAAGAUCAAGGAGGAAAUCGCUAAGCAGAAGGAGGAGCACACCAAUGAGGUUCUGGACGAACCAUUGCUGAAAGCGAUUGGAGAAGUGGAUCACUUUGUGCUGGAUACUCCACAGCGGAUGAGUCUGUCGCUGAAGCGGCUGGAGGAUGACGAACACGAGAUCAUGCACGCCGUGGAGAGUCAGGUCUCCCGGAGGAGGUUCAACGUGCGCCGAUCGUUCCUGUCCGGCGAUAUCGCGUCAGCUCUCAGUGGGAAUUCGCUGGUCGGCAGGAAGGCCGAUACCAGCGAUGGUGAGCAAAGCGAAUCCAAGAUGCUGCUGUUCAACGGUCUUUACUACCGAGGAAGUUGGGCGACCCCAUUCCAGAUGAAAUCAAAACCCGGAAGCUUCUUCGUCAACGGUCAGGAAUCGCAAGUUAUGCUGAUGCAGACCACGGGCAAAUUUGGCGUUGGAUCUAGCCAGGAGCUGGAUGCCAAGUUCGUCGAGAUGCCAUAUAAUAACACCCGCUACACCCUGCUGGUUAUGGUACCAAACCGAUCGGAAGGACUGAAGGAUCUGAUCAAGAACUUCAACAGCGACAGUCUGAGCAGUGCUCAGAAGAGUCUCGUGCAGAAGUCGGUUCAGAUCACCUUGCCAAAGUUCCACAUUGACACUACGAGCAGGGCUGAGAAGGCACUGGCUAAGCUGGGACUGAUCACGAUGUUCACGUCCAAGGCGGACCUCAGCGGAAUCACCGACGAGCAGAAGAUCCACGUAGACGAACUGGUGCAGCACGUGUCCAUCCGAGUGGACGAAGGAGCCAGCAGCGAGCUAUCGCUGUCCGCCGCAAAUGCCGUCGAAGCCAAGACCUGUGACGAUCAGGACAUCGAAGAGGUCACCACCGUAGCGGCGUCAGCGGAUGCUGCGGCAGAAAGGUUCGUCGUUGACCGGCCAUUUGUAUUCUUCGUGCGUGAUACGCUCGACGGUACGGUGAUAGUCGCGGGCAAGAUCACCGACGUCCCAGCCGCGGACGAGUCUAUGAAGCCAGAUAAGCAAGGAAGGUGGAGCACCACCACCAAGCGGCAGCAGCAAGUUCACAGCACAAAAACCGGCUUUCGACCACGACGAUGUCUCAUCCUCGUCAUCUCGCUCGAAUAUCUCUCCGAGCUUGUGUUGUCUCAUAUUAGCUUAGGCGGUCUAGAAAUCUUCGCCCCGGUCAGUCUUCGGUACGGUAUCGUCCAAGUUGGGUCUUUAGUGGCGACAACGGCCAUUCUUGGCUAUGCAGAAAAUCCCAGAAACAUUUUAGACCGAUUUUGUUCAACAGACAAUAAAGCAAGCUCAUACAGCGUAUGGCAAGCGUUCCAAACCAUCUGCACCGCCACCCAUCACCGGGAUCCGGUGGGCUGCUGCAACUACGUCAACCAGGUGGCCCGAGAAAGGCCCAACAUGUUCUUGUGUCCCUCAGAUAAUGGUUACUUCUUCUCGCCCAACGAUUGCGGCCAGACUAUUGCCAUAUCCAGCCGAUUUGGACCGGACGCCAUUAUGUUCCCCACGGAAGAUUCGGAACUGCAGACCCGGUCAACGCAACGGCAGGUUGCUCAACAGCUUGGUCAGGUUACGUCCAGACCUGUAGUCCAGAAGCCACUACAGAUGCAGGGACCAGUCCGACGACCUCAGCCGCUGGAGGACAACGAUUACGAAGAUGUGCCACCAGCCGUACUGGUUGAUACCGUUGGAUAUCAAGCUAUGGAGUUUGCGCUUAAUUUGUUUAAGUCUCUAAAUCUUCAAGGGGACUCCGUGAUAAGUCCUCUUCAACCACAGCAACUUCUCUCCAACCUCAUAGAAGUUGCCAGUCCUGCAGCUCGUGCUGAGUUAUUCCGUGCCAUUCGGUUAUAUCCGGAACAACUAGCUAAGCUCAUCCAAUCCCUGGACAGAAUAUCCAAAUCGACAGUGAACACGAUUGAAACGGCUGCGGCCAACUUCUUUGCCCGGGACUCUAAGGUGAACCAGACUUACCAUCAAGCACUUAAACUGCGUGACGUCGACGUCAUCCCCGUAGACUUCAGCCAUCCGGCGCAGGCAGCUCGCCAAGCCAACAAUUGGGUUUCCGAAAAGACACACCGACUUAUCAAUGAGAUUCUGAAUCCAGGAUCCGUAAACGCCUACACGCGAAUGGUUUUGGCCAACUCCAUCUUCUUCAAGGGCAAGUGGAAGUACACCUUUAUUAAAACCGAACCGAGCACGUUCCAAGCGACUCCCAACCGCAAGAUCUCCAUCAACAGCAUGUUCCAGCUGAACAAACUACGCUACGGCGAAAAACAAUUCGCCGACGGAAACGGUCUCCGUUGGGUGGAACUUCCCUACGAGGGAGACAACCUCGCCAUGCUGGUAUUCCUGCCGCUUCAACCCCACAGGCUUCAGGAGGCCCUCCGUCAACUCCAGCCGUACGACCUGGCCUCCAUCAUGGCAGAACUCCACGUUCCUUACAUCAACACCAAGGUGAACCUUCGUCUGCCUAGAUUCACCCUCACCGAUUCCGUCUCGCUAAUCCCGGCCCUCCAAUCGCUGGGCGUCAACGCGAUCUUCAACGACAAGGACUCUCUGCCGUACCUUAACAGAGAUGCCACCCUCGUUUCGGACGUAACGCAACGGUCCUACCUGAGUGUGGACGAGUUUGGGACGAAGGCGACCUCGGUGGCGUCGCUGUCGAUCGUGACGCUCAGCAUUACGCCCCAGUUCCGGGACGUUAAGUUCGACGUGGACCAGCCGUUCGCGCUUAUGAUCGUGGACAAGCAGGAACGGUACCCGGUCUUUAUCGGGCAGGUGUACGAGCCGCAGGAAAACCAGAACGUCAGCGGCUCAACCAUGAAGAUACUGAUAAUUUUAAGUGUAUACAUAUCCUUUGCGCUUGCACAGGGCAAUAGGGAUAGAAAACAAACUAUCCAGCGACAACAGGCAUCUGAUUUCCACGAUCCAAGAGCAUGUAACUUCGACUCUGAUGACAAAUGGGCCUGCGUGUGCGAACAACUAAAUCUAGAGCGUCAGACGUGUGAGUCCGAAAUCGACCGAACACUUCAGCUCAAUCCAAAAUACAAGAUCUGCCGAGAAGUCUUACCUUACUAUGUCGCAAAGGGCCAAUGCCGCAUUGAAGCGACAUGGACUCAGUCUAACAAUCCCUCCGGAAAAGCAAUGCAAUUUGCCCUGGAUCUGUUCAAAGCGGCCGAUCCCAAGAACCCGGACAAGAACUACGUCAUCAGCCCGUUGUCGCCGCAGAUUUUACUGGCACAGCUGACCGAGGGCUGUUCCGAUGAAGCACGCAAUGAGAUGAUCAAGGGCAUCAUGUUGAACAGCGGCGAAGCGGCCUCGUUGAUCCGUUCGCUGCACGAGACGGCUAACAAGGAUGACGCCAUGAACAAGUUGGACAUUGCCUCAAUCUUCUACAAGUCCAAGAACAUGAACCUGACGGACGAGUUCAACCAUUCUAGAAAGCAGAACCAAAUCAAGCUGGAAAACAUUGACUUUUCAGACACCGCGAAUGCGGUUCAGGAGAUAAACAAUUGGGUUUCGCAGAAAACUCGUGGAAACAUUCAGGAAAUUGUUUCCGAGCAAAAUCUCUCACCGGAUAUGUCAAUGCUGCUGUUGAAUGCCAUCUACUUCAAGGGAACCUGGCGGUACAAGUUCAAUGAGACCAACAAGCGUGCCAGUUUCCAAAUCGCCCAAAACAACAAAAUGUCGGUCCACAUGAUGAAGCAAACCAAUCGCUUGCGAUUCGGCGAAAUCAACUUUGGCGAGUACUGGGAUCCGGACACCGGACUGCGCUGGGUUGAGCUGCCGUACGAGGGUGACCAGCUGUCCAUGGUUCUGCUGCUGCCCAAGACCCGUUUUGAGCUGGACAAGAAUCUCGAGCAAGUCACCGGCGCUCACUUGCAGGACAUUUUCAAAGUCAUCAAACGAGACUACAAUCCUAACAAAAUUCACCUCCAGCUGCCCAAAUUUACGAUCAAGGACUCCAUCUCGCUGGUUGAGCCAUUGAAGAAGCUCGGCGUGAAGCAGAUCUUCGAGAGCGACACGGCGCUCAACAAGCUGUCCAAGAGCCCGGUAAAGGUGGGUGACGUCAAGCAGGACUCGUUCCUGAGCGUCGACGAGAAGGGAACGACGGCCACGGCCGUCAGCAAGAUCACAAUCAUCCCGCUCAGCCUGAACGCGUACGAAGAUAUCCACUUUGUGUGCGACGAGCCGUUCAUGGUGAUGAUCGUGGACAAAACGAGCGAAAUUCCGCUGUUUAUGGGCAAGAUCAAGCAGCCGCUCAAGGCCACCCCGGAAAAUAAGAAGCAAGGCUAGUGGAUAAGAUGAUCUUUCUAAAUUCUUAUUUGAGACUCAAUAAAUAAAUACUGAAUCAAAUGU